AUGAGGAACGGAGUCUUGCUGACAGGAGAGGUUCUUCGCCAGAAGUGGACACACUUUGCUGAUAUGGUUGGGAUACCAGAAGAUGACCGCCUGACUCUCAGUGAGGGAUGGCUGACGGCGUUCAAGAAGCGCUGCGGGCUGAAGGAGUAUAAACGUCAUGGGGAGGCUGCAUCGAGCAACCCUGAGACGAUUGAGGAGGAACGUGCUCGUGACAAGCCCUCUGCCGGUGUUAAAGGGUGCAAGAGCCGGCUUACUUUUGCAUUCGCGAUGAACGCCGACGGAAGCGAGAAGUUACAACCUGUCAUCAUUGGCAAAUACCAGAGGCCACGCGCGUUUGAGAAGAAAACUGGGGAGCAGCUGGGGUUCUAUUAUCGCAACAACGCAAAGGCAUGGAUGACGAUGAAGCUGUUCCACGAGUGGGUUGGCGGAUGGGAUGCGAAGCUUCGCCAGAAAAAGAGGUCCGUUCUCCUCCUCGUUGACGGAUUUAGUGCACAUGUUGCACCCGAUAACCUCACAAACAUCCGUGUCGAGGUUUUCCGGCCAAAUCUCACACCACAUGUCCAACCUGCCGAUGCCGGAACCAUACAAUGCUGGAAGGCCCACUACCGCAGCGCCUUCAUUGGGCGAGCUAUUGAUCGCUACGACAUGGGAAUCUCUCCGGAAGAUAUAUACGACAUCAACAUCCUUGAAGCCAUGCGCAUGGCGAUAUCAGCUUGGAGCAAGGUGGAUACGACAACGAUCCGCAACUGUUGGCUGAAGACCGGCAUCCUCCCUCCUUCCGUUCUUGCACCAUCUUCACUGUCCAUUGCUCCUUCGAUUCCAAUUGCCUCCCUCCUCAACUCAGAUCCUGUAGCUGCUGCCGAAAAGGAGGUCGAAGAUACGCUGGAAGAGCUGCAAUCCCGUGGGGUCUUACAGCGAGUCAACCGGAUGGCCAUCGGUGAAUUGCUGAAUCACACAGGUGAAGACAUUGCGGCGGAUGUAGGCACAUCGGACGAAGACAUCGUGCAAUCGGUUCUUGACGUGAAAAGAGGACAAGAUCAGAUGGAGGCAGAUGGAGGUGACGACGCAGAAGAGGGAGAUGAUGCUGCGCCGCGACCGACACGCCGAGAGGCGUUGGAGGCGGCGCAGACGUUGCGCAGCUAUCUCUCCAGCAUGCCGGAGGACUUUGCUCGCGUAUUGGAGAACAAUCUACUCACUUUUGGUCGCCAUACCCGUCUUGAAGAGGCUCGUAACAUGCGCUCGACGUCCAUCACCGACUAUUUUGUUCCCAGACAGGCUGCCGCCUUGUAG